GAAUAAAAUUACCAACGCAACGGGAGGCUCGAGUUCUCGUCGCAAUAUGAAAAAUGGCUCGAGUUUUCGCGACUGAAAGUCUUAAAAUUUAUUUAGCUAAAUUUUAAAGGGAUGUGCAAUAUAUUAUCACGCGUAAGCGAGUUGAAGAAUGAGCCAUGAGAGAGUAGUGGAGCUGCAUCGUCAACCUGGAAUUGGUUUUGGGUUCAGUGUAAUAGGUGGUUGUGACACUCAUAUUCCACAUAUGAUUUGCGCUCUCGUGAGAGAUAGCCCAGCUCUUGUUUCAGGGCAGGUAUUUGUUGGAGAUGUAUUACACAAGGUGAAUGGGAUAAAUUUGUAUGAGCUUCAAACAAAACAAGUUGUCGAUCUUAUCCGAGGUUGCAAAGAUAAAAUUACUCUCACUCUUAAGGAAGAUCGCCUUGCAAAGUUAAAAGCAAGGCCUUUUUUGGCUGAUGAUACCCUAAUUGAACCCCUUCAUGCUAUUAAAGAUGCUGUACCUAGUGAUUACAACUAUAUAAAACAAACACAGGUUUCUUCCUCUUAUGGAAGGAAUAAUUCUUUGGAUAAUUCUGUGAAUUUACAAAGUCCAAACAUUUCUUUUUCGCGUUCUUUUGAUGUUCUUAACAGCUCAAUAAACUCUAUUGUACCCAAUAAACAAUCAAUCCCUUCAACAAAAAAUCAAGGAAGUAGACCAUACUCUGCAUUUCCUGGAGAUCGUGUAUUAGGAGAGUCUUCAAGAAAUGGUGUUGAUGGCCGGUUUACUAGACUACAAUCACACGAAGAGUCUUCAUAUGUUACUAACAAUAUAGAAUCUCCUAGUAGUCCAAAAAAAUCUUCUCUUUUGGCACAAUCAUUUGGGAUCCCAUCCCCAAUAAUGAACCGCUCUAAAUCAACAUUUAAUUAUGUCACAUUAGCAAACAAUAAAUUAGAAGUUGAUGGUUUGAAAAGAACUUCGCCUGACAAUUUAUGUAAGCAUGAAAAUAACUUACAAGCUAUUUCUCAACAUAACACGUAUGCUAAAAAACAUAAUGGACAUAUAAGAAAUGAGUAUAAAGCAGAGAAAAUUUCUUAUCAACAGCAUCUAGAUGAUUUGCCUUCUUCACCUCGGCUUAUAGCGCAAAAAAACCCUCCAGACAAUUUAACUUCUCCAUUACUAAACCAUAAUGAGAUCAAUAACUUGAAAAUUAAUGAAUCCAACAAAUCACCAUCACCUCAUAAUUUAAAAAAACAACCAUUUGUUUAUAUUAUGCCACCAUCUAGUGUAAGUAAUAGUGCAAGUUGCACACCACAAGUAGAUAACAGUCUUAAUGAAGUAAGUAAGCCUGUACAACGUCGCAUCUCAAACAUACGUCCAUGCAGUAGUUCAGAUGUGGAUCAAAUUCCACAAUCGUUGAAAGUUGAAAGUUUCCAGUCGAAUAACUUUUCUUCACCUAAUGUUUUUGAAAAUGACAAUGAAAGAAUUGGUUCAGAGCAAAAGAAGCUCACUCUUACACCAUAUACUCACCCUGCACUCUCUCUGCAAGAUAUUAAUAAACAGUUUAUUUUUUGUCCGCAACAAAGUUCAUCUAGCCGUGUUUGUCCUACCUUUGAACCUUCCCCUGACUUAGUUAAUUCUAAACAUGUAGAUGACUCUUUAAAGACUUCAGAUGUUAUAAAUAAUAUAGAAAUUAGUCCUUUAGAGAUAGCAAGUCGAUUGUAUACACUAAAUGGAUAUAAGGAUACUGAUGUUGCACCAAUGCUUGGAAAAAACACUGAGCUGAGUCAGCAAAUAUGCAAAGAGUACCUGCAAUUUUAUAGAUUUGAUGGUUUAAGUUUAGAUGGAGCGCUUCGGAAUUUCUUAGGGAAUUUUCCAUUAACUGGUGAAACUCAAGAACGAGAAAGAAUAUUAAUUCAGUUUACAAAGCGUUAUAUGGAAUGUAAUUCACAUUGUGACAUGAGCGAAGAUGCUGUCCAUACACUUGUUUGUUCACUUAUGUUGCUUAAUACUGAUUUACAUGGUCAUGGUGUUACAAACAGAAUGACCCUAAAUGAUUUUGUCAACAAUUUAUCUGGGCUAUGUGAUGGUAAAGACUUUCCAAGGGAUCAGCUGAAGACUUUGUAUAACUCAAUUAAGUCUAAGAAAAUGGUUUUUGCUUCUAGUGCACAAGUAUCACCAUCAUCCAGUCAAGGGUCGCCAAAGCAUAAGAGAUUAAAUUCUUCAUCUGGAAACCCUUACAUUGAGUUAAAAAUUGAUUCUAAAGAUAAAGUUAUUUGUGAAGGUUUAUUAAAUCGUAAAUCUGUGAUGGAUCCUGGUGGAAGACGAACUCCUGCUAUGAAGAGAAACUGGCGUCAAUUCUAUUGUUUAUUGAAAGGCAUCAUAUUACUUUUUUACAAGCAUGAUAGUAUGAAUGAUGUUCAUUCUGUUGGUAUUCAUCAUGCUUUAGCAGGCUAUGCAAAAGAUUACAAGAAACGUGCUUAUGUUUUUAAAAUAAUUGCAGCUGACUGGAGUGUAUAUUAUAUUCAAGCGAAAAACCAAGAUGAUGUUCGCCAAUGGAUGGAUUGCAUUAAUGUUGCAGCAGCUAUGCUAUCAUCUCCUCCCUUACCAGCGCCUGUUAGUUCUAGCAUGCGUUUCCAAAGACCUGUGAUGCCUGUUUCUAAAGCUAAAUUGACAAAAGAACAGCAACUGCAACACCACAAUAGUCAGAUUAAAAGCCUAGAAGAAGAACUCUCAUUUCAUACAAAAGAUAAGCCAGAUAUUCACGACAAACAUUAUUUGGAUUGGGAAAACAAAUUAGAUUACUUGGAAUUUGAAGCAAAGCGCUUCAGAGCUUACUGCUCUGUCCUCACUUCAUCUCGAUUGGAAAAUAUUCGCCAAUCGGUUCUUGCUUCACUCUCAAAUGAUAAUGAUAAUUUAGAUGAUCAAAAUAUUAAUAAGAAUGUGGAAUAAUCAAAACAAAUGGAGUCAUCAAAAUUUCUGUCAGGAAUGUUAAUCCAACACCUCAGAUUCGAAAUACAUUCCAAUAUAAUUAUUUUUUGUAUGAGCCAUUAAAUUGUAUGAGCAAUUUAUUAUCCUAUUGAUGGUAGCAAUUAAGUUAUUUUGAAAUUUUUUGUAUGUAACCAUCAUAUAUUAAAAAAAGUUUUGUAUUUAUUUCAUUUGUAAAUAAUGUACGAUAAGUUUCAGAUUUCAUAAAUAUUUUUUUUUCAAUAUUCUUGUGUCAUAAAGAAAUUUAGUUUUUUUAAUUUAAUAUAUCUUUUAGGUUUUGACAUUUUUUUCAGUUUAUAUUUUUUAUUUUAAUAUAAUGUAGUUACAUACAAGUAUAUAAUGAAAAGAGUAUUGCAUAUUUUUAAAUGGUAUUUAAUUUACUGCAUAGCUAAUAUCCUUGUAUAUUUUAUAUAUAAUUAAAGGAUCAUCGACUUUGUGUCAAGUAAAUUUCUUUA